CCAACCAACCAACCAGAGCUUUCUCCUCGGAGCUUCCCCUUCUCUCUGUCCCCUGAAGCUCAGCAAGGUCUCCAGUGCUGACGGCGAUGGCUCUCACUCGCCGCAAUGUUGCUCAUCGAAACUUAGAAAAUAUUGAACCAGUCAAGCCAAUAGCAAAGGUGACUGCAGCCGCCCGAAGGCCAGCUUUAGGAGACUUGGCGAAUCGUGUUAUGACACGAGCAGAGCAGAAAAAACAAAUGACAAAUGUGGUUUCUAAACCAGUGGUGCCCAAGCCAAAAGGAAAAGCUUUGCCAAAACAAGUCCCAAAACCUGUAGCUCAGGCAGUGAAGCCAGCCGCUCGUGGAUUAAAGCAAGCAGUUCAGAAUACAAAGCCAAUGCCUGAAGACCCCAUUCCACAAGCCCCCAUGUCUCCAACUCCUAUGGAUGUCUCAAUGACAGAAGAUGCCUCAAUGAAAGAAGAAGACCUUUGUCAAGCUUUUUCUGGUGCCAUAUUGAAGGUGGAAGACAUUGAUGCACAAGAUGGUGAUAAUCCUCAGAUGUGUAGCCAGUAUAUAAAAGACAUCUACAAAUACCUGCGGCAGCUAGAGAUGGAGCAAGCAAUCAGACCUCAUUACCUUGAAGGGCAAGAAAUAAAUGAACGUAUGCGUGCAAUUCUAGUUGACUGGCUAAUUCAAGUUCACUCAAAAUUCCGCCUGCUGCAAGAAACUCUCUACAUGACAUUAGCUAUCAUGGAUCGUUUCCUGCAGAGCCAGCCAGUUUCCCGCAAAAAGCUCCAGUUGGUUGCUGUGACUGCCAUGCUGCUGGCUUCUAAAUAUGAAGAAAUGUAUCCACCAGCUAUAGGAGACUUUGUUUACAUCACAGACAAUGCUUAUACCAAGAGUCAGAUCCGUCAAAUGGAAGUACUUAUUCUUAAAGAACUUGAUUUUAAAUUGGGCCGCCCACUUCCACUGCAUUUCCUGAGGCGAGCAUCAAAGACUGAUGUUGAUGCUGAGAAAUACACUCUUGCAAAAUAUCUCAUGGAACUAACAGUCAUAGACUAUAACAUGGUGCAUAUUCCCCCUUCUGAAAUUGCAGCAGCUGCACUUUGCCUGUCUUUCAGAGUCUUGGACCAAAGUAAAUGGACAGCAGUUCAAAAAUACUACACUGGCUACACAGAAGAUGCCUUGCAUUUGACUAUGAAGCACAUGGCAAAGAAUGUAGUGAAAAUGAAUGAAGGCCUAACAAAGCACGUAGCUAUAAAGAACAAAUAUGCAAGUCCUAAACUGCUGAAAAUAAGUACCAUUCCUCAACUGAAGUCUGCAUUAAUCAAAGGAUUGGCCUCUUCCUUGCUAUAACCACCCAAAGAGUAAUAUGGACACAAUUGCACUUUGGUUUUAUUUUUAAGUAGAAGAAUUGCUGCUGUUGUGCUUGGUCUGGCCUCUGGACAGCUUGUAUGUCAAUUAACUGUGGCCUUGUGCCAAAGGGCAUAUACCCAUAUUCAAAACCUUUAACUUUUUAAACCAACAGACUGGGAUAGAAUAACUGAGUUUCACUUCAGCAUGCUUCUGAUCUUCACAUCUGCUGUGUUUGGAGGGACUGAAGUCCUGGCUGUCCUCCUGAAGCUGACCCAAAGUUGUUGUGUUUUUUUUUUUUGGUACUUCCCAUGGAGGCCAGUUGUAAACCUUUCUAUCUUUUUAGAUUUUUCCAUAUUUAUAUUUUAAGUGUUUAUUUUUCUUGCCAUCUGAUCUUAAAACUAUACCACUUGUUGCAAUGCAAAUGGAUUCUAUAGGUUUUUCCCCACAAAAUUCACUGAUCUCAUUCUCAUGGGGCUGACUGUCUUGUCUUCAAGACUUGCUUUUUGUACUUUUCUGUUCUUCAGAAUAAGUCUAAGGAACAUUGUAAAAGUGAGCAUCUUAUUUUUAAAGUCCAGGAGUUAAUAAAGCUAGGGAUCUAAUCCCAAUUUUGCUGCUGGGGUGGAUAAAUUAAGGAAUGUGUUUUUAUUUCACUUGUGUCCACAGACCUGGUUUUAGAGAUCAAGUAACUUCAGUCAUGUGUGCUUCAACAUAUUGAAUUGUUCCUGCCCUCCCAAAUUAACUAGCAUCAAACAGUAACAGGACAAAGGGAAGAUAUUUGGUCAAGGCUCCUGCAGAGUUAAGGUUUUCACUAAAUAUACAAUGCAAGUAAAACAGACUACUUUUUGAAUGCAAGAGAUUUUGAUGUAAGGCAAGAAUUUCGGUGUAACAAUGGAAAUGUAACAGACCCUCCUGUGUGUGUAUAUAAAGAUCCAACUUUAAAUUCUAAACUGCACAUAUUAUAAUCCCUGACAAACUUUUUAAUGUCAACUUGAUAAACUAACUGUAAUAUACCCCAAGAAACCCAAUGCAGGAAUGUACUGUAGAGUAGUUGAGGGGUGAGGGUGGGGACAUGCUAGCACAGUCAAGGCCAAGUAAAUCUUUGUGUACAGCACCCUUUAACUGUUUAAAUUUAGUUUUUUUAACUUGGUCUGGAUUGUAAAUGUUUUAAUGAUUCAUAAAGAUAAUGAUGAUAAAACCAGUUCAUUAAACCCCUGGUAACCAACUUUAAUUUUGUUAAUGUUGUAAUCCUAACAAUUACUGCCUAAUGUUUUUCUUUCUACAGGAUGAUAUUCCAUCCAAGUUGAAUACUUGACUGUAAUGUGAUAUUGCUUGAUGUGGUUUGAGAUCUUGUUCCAUUGUAAUGCAAUGGGCAUAAUUAUUCUGUUAGUUGAAAUUUCAACUAAGUUUGCUUGACAAACUUGAUACAAAAUGUAAAUAAAAUUACUAUAGUUAC